AUGACGUACACACAGAUACAGUCUUUGAACCAGUUUAGCAAAUAUGCGGAUGAACAUCCCGUUUCCGUUAGAAUUACAGGGUGUUUGACUCAUGUAGAGGAGCUGAGUAGUGGGUUUUUAUUGAGUCUGACACGGUUUGAACCAGGUAAAGAAGAUUUCAAGGUCAAAGUACACUACGGAGAUAGUUCUGAUAAGCGGGCUGCUAAUCUUGUGAUAAGCCUGCUUGCUCAGUUGCUGAACGUCUCGAGGGCGGAUCUGCAGACGCCAAACUUGGCACACAAGAGACUGUUCUUCGUUACGUGUUUUGCUGUUUACAUAUCCAGCAACAACAGUUUUACUCUGUUCCUAGACGAUAUAAAGACGCAUGAUCUAGCAGUUGCUGUAGUGGAAAGUGACGUUGACAACAAUUUCAUGGAAGUGUUUCAAAAUAUGGUGACACAAAGCGAGGAUCCUGUUUCCGAUUUCCAUGUUCAAAGUUUGCCCGAAUACCAAAAAAAUAAACCAUUCAAUACACUCAUUCAAAAUUUGAUGAAAGAUAACCGUGGGGGGAAACACCUUUUGUUCACGAGACGCCCGACAAUCGAUUCUGUGGAUGAGUUUAACUCCCAGGCGUACUCUACACAACCUUUAAGCAGUGUUUCUGUGGAGGAUCCCUCCCGUAUAGAAACCUCUACUCAGGUGCUGCCCGUGAAGAAGAAACAGAAAGUGAUUAGUGGUGCGGUACUCGAGGAUGACAGUAACACUGGACGGCCCGAACCCAACAGGGGGCAUUACAAGAUCAAUUGUCAGCUGCUUGAGCGCAUACGCCUCAGCCGCAAAGAGGAGAGAAUCUCUGUGAUUGACGAUGCGGGCAGUAUUAUCACGAUUUUCGUGCCUGAGUCUCUGAUUGGACAAAUUGCGAAACGGAUGGUUGUCACUGUGAUGGAGCAAACUGAUUUUUUGCCCUUCUCCAACGCACAAAUGAUUGUACUUGAAGCAGUGGAUAUAACUACCCCGCGGCAACGAGGCACGAAGCAGGUGGAACUUACCGUGGAAAGAUCCUUCUAUUCUGGGAACAGAGACCGGGAUGCUUCCAAGGACCCGACGAUUUUUUUCAAGGACUUGAAAGUACCAGAUGGACCAGAGCAGUCUGUGUUUUUCUGUAUUGUUGGGUUACUUGUUUCAUGUACUUUUGAGACCCGUAAGUACACGUCGAUGGUUCUAACGGAUUUUACAGAGUGUACCCACCAAAACACGAAGUACCUGUUUGACAGGUACCUCCUUGAGCCGAGAAACAUGUUGACACAAUUCCAUGGUGGUAUCCGGUUAAACAUGUUCUCAGAACAUUUUGAUUUACUCGAUAGACAGGUCCGGGCCGUGUACGGACAAUCGAUUAAACAUCUGUGUACUUCUGGGACAGAGAAUAUCAGUUCUCGAGGGAUCAUUGUCAAGAUCUGCGUUGAGGGGAACAUGUACAAGAAGUCCUUUCUGAAUGCAAUUGGGAGACAAUCGGUACUGAUGAAACCGGAUGCGUUGAAGAGUACACGCGUAUCAUACAUGGACAAACAGGUGCUAUUGCAUAUCUACCGGGAGGCACUUUCACGAAUUGACAUAUGGACUCUUUUGCCCUAUCUGGACCAAUUCCAAAAAUGUUUCCCCUACGUGGCAGACCCGACGGCCUUAAAUGGUAAGAACGUUGUGUUGAACACGAAUGGAUUAGAGGACUCAAUCAAGGAAUUGGACUUGUACGGUGGUGACGAGGAAUCCGAUAUGAGUUUGAGGAUCCCCGAUAUGAGUGCCCCCGCCUCCUACGAUUUUUCCUUUGAUCAAGAGAUGGUAAACUGUGACGCCAUGUCCACAACCGAUUGGAUCCAAUUACUCCACCAAAGACCUGUGCACAGUGGGGGUGUACAACAACUCCAGGGUAAAUUGUACUCUGCUACAUUUAUCUUGGAAAGUAUCCAGUACCACAAUACAGCCAAUGUACUGGAACUCACAGUAUUAAGAGACAGAGAUAUAGGAACUUUACAAUCCCUCCACGGUGAUGUACCGUCAGUAGACCCAAGACUACUUGUCAGAUUGAUGUUACGGACCAACACCGAGUUGGACACUUUCUUCUCAAACUACCGCCACAUGACGCGCGGGGACACAGUAGAGGAGUACAGGGCCAAACUUGUCGGCAAGAAGUACAAGAUCAGCUUCCAAGUGUUGGGCACCCACGGACACCAAGUGGCCCCAGUCGAGCUGAGUCUUGCCGCCAUGAUGUCGUCACUGGCGCCAUAG